GGUGAUCGUUAGAAUAUUAUUUGGCUGGCAGGUGGCGCUGGAGGUCCGCAGAUGUUAGCGGUGCUGCGUGUGGAGCAAGCCGCCUGUUGGUGCUGUUCUUUGGGCAUGAGGCUCAGAGGAAUGGGGCCGUCUUCCUCUCUGACCCGUCGAUGAAAAAAAACCGACCGAGCGGCACAAGGGCCGGGGGAUGCACAACGGCACAGAGGAAACACGGCUUUACAGGCGAAAAAACAGGAAUGCUGAUGCUGCUAAACAUGGGGUGUCGCCUCCUUCACGGAAUAAACCGAGUGUCCGCUGAUGUGUCCGCUCAGUGACUUUGUAAAAGCAAAAGAUUUGGAUCCUACUUUGUUUUUGUUUUUUUUAACCGUUGAUGCACACAUCUGCAACGAUGCGGGCUGUGGACUGGAGACGAGGCAGUGCGAUUGUACUCUGCCUUUUGGGAUACCUUGUCUCCAGAGCUGUCGCUAAAACAUUACCGGAGGACACCGCCACAGAAGAGGUGACUCUGAAGGUUCACCUGAGCGAUGCCAGCACUCACCAGCCCCUCGGAGGAGCCACCAUUCAACUCUUCACCAACCACACUGCUGUAACCACGGAAACCUCAUCAACUGAUGGCAACACCUACCUGCGCUUCCCCUACCGCCUUGGGACACCGUUAGUCGUCACCGCAACCAAACAGGGAUAUGUGCCGAACUCUGUUCCCUGGAGUCCCUCCAGAUUACCUGUAUUUUCCUCCAUCAGCCUGGACCUGCUACCAGAAAGAGCUGCGACUCUGAUGGUGUAUGAAGAUGUUGUGGAGAUUGUGUCAGGCUUACAAGGUUUCAGGCAUCAGCCCAGUGUUCAUUUCCUGCGCAGAGCUCUGAGUCUUCCCUCUAACACAUCUUACGCCAACCUAACUGCUCUGCUCACCGUGGCCAGCUCCCCCUCGCACAUCCAGCACUUUCCCCAUCUGCAGGUGCUCAGCGGCAACGGCACAGGGACCGAGAAGAGGUUUGAGUUGACUCCUGUAGCGGCCAUCUCUGUACACUUAUUGGCCAGCGACGGAUUGGAGCUGCAGGUGAAUGAGCCAAUCACGGUCUCCGUCCCCCUGCCGGCUGACAGUGGCCUGAAGGAAAAUGAUCACAUCCCUGCUUGGAGAUUUGACCCGCGCUUGGGUGCCUGGAUAAAGAGCAGUUGGGGUCACGUGCAGCGGGAGGGCAACCAGCUCAGUCUGACUUACAUCGCUCCUCAGUUGGGUUAUUGGGUGGCCGCCAUGUCCCCACUACACUCAGGUCCAGUGUUGAAGGACAUCAGCACAUACCACACCGUGUUCCUGUUGGCUAUACUGGGAGGCAUGGCUCUCAUCCUGCUCUGCCUGCUCUGCCUCCUGAUGUACUACUGCAGGCGCCGUUGUUUGAAGCCUCGAGGGUCUCACCGUAAGCUCACAGUGUCGUCUGGUCUGGACGGCAGUAAGAGGGAUCAAGCCACCUCCAUGUCCCACCUGAACCUCAUCAGCAACGAGGUGCAGCUGGAACUUGUUUCCACAGCGACUGAGCCCGACAUGACCACACCAAUGCUGAAGCCGUCCUCAUAUGAGCACCAAGACAAUCAUCGUCAACACAGCCUAAUCCAUCACAGCAAACACAGCCGCUCCUCGCUCGGCAACAACAGCCACCACGGCUCUUCUCUUGGCAAUCUAACGCCUCGCGGCCGAGACUACCGGCAGUCCGUGGAGACGUUCCAACUAAAGGCUGCCCUUUCAUGCGGAACAGACAGGGGCUACCGUCAAUCAUAUACCUCCGUCUGCUCGUCCAGCAACCCGAUUUCAGAUGCACUGUCGUCAGCCAAUCACGGUCAGGUGUCCGCUAACCAGCUGAGCAGUGUUGGGAUUGUUGAUUUCAUCUCCCCUUCCUCUCCUCCUCACUCCCCCAGUAGAGGGGAGGGAUGUGAGUGCAGAGCUCCUGACUACCUUCUGUCCCGCUCUGUGGACCAUCUGGAGCGUCCCAGUCCCCCGUUGCUCUGCAGGCCGGGCCAGCUGCUCUGCUGCGGCUCUGUGGACCUGCUGAGUGGAGGAGAAGGCUACCCGAGGGUGCGUCCUACGCUGGUGAUCCCAGCACACUACAUGCGCCUGCCUGGGGAGCACCCUCUGUCGGGUCAGGCCCUCCUGCUGCAGACUGACCAGCAGAGUGACUUGGAGACCAUCCAAGCUGAGCUCAAUGCCUCACAUUCCCAGCAGCCCCUGGGGCAAACCCUCAGUGACUGCGCCCCACGUCCUGCCAAGCAGGGUGGCGGAGAACGGCUCGGCCUGUCAGAGUCUCUGUCUAUCCCAGCAGCGCUUGGGGAAACUGGUCUGGUCGAAAUAAACAGCGAGGACACGUUGUGGGCUGAAAAGACUUUAAUGGAGCUCAGAGGAGGGAAGCCUCUGCCUCACCCCCGAGCCUGGUUUGUCUCACUUGAUGGACGCUCCAACGCUCAUAUUCGCCACUCCUACAUCGACCUCCAGCGGGCCGGGUGCCACGGCAACACGCCAGGUGGAGGAGGUCAACAAGGUAAUGCCAGCGGUGGGAGGCGGGGUAACGAUGCCAGCGGUGGGAGGCGGGUUAACGAUGCCAGCGGUGGGAGGCGGGGUAACGAUGCCAGCCUGGACUCCGGUGUGGACCUGAACGAGCCGAGAGUGGGCCGCAGGGGGAGAGACGGAGGGCGGGAGAAAAGAGAGAUUGAGAAAGACAGGUCGAAGGUCACAGCACCAGCCAUGGCCUACACUCAGCUGGUGUAUGUGGAUGAUCUGGAAGGGGGAGGCAGCGAGGAGGAGACGCCAAAAUGCAGUCCAGAGGACAGUGAAAAAGGAUCCAUCCUGUCAGACAAAGCAGAGGGUCAGAGUGUGGAUCAGGGGGAUGUGGAGGGGGAAACAGUAGAGGGGGUAGAAAUACAAGAGGAACCACCCUCACUUUCCUCUUCAUCCCCUGCUUCUCCUCCUCCUCUGCCAACACCAGAGGGAGAGACGUUCAGGACUGAUCAUGUGCUGCUGUCAGUCUCUCCUGAUGACGAUGCAGCACAUGAGGAUGGAGAGGAGGAGAAGAAGAGUCCCUGGCAGAGAAGAGAAGAGCGACCCCUGCUGGCUUUCAACCUGAAAUGAUCCACAGAUGACCGCUUCAAGGAUAGCUUCACAUCUUUUCAAAUACUCGCGUGCCUAUAUGUACAUUGAAAGCAUUUUUGCUUGUUGUAAUUGUUCCUCCUGUACAUACUGGCACUUCACAAAGUGAUUUAAAUUUAAGUUAUGGUGGGACAAAAUCCACAGUCCUGGUUCUGUGUUAUUAUAAUCAGGUAUAAUUCUGAUUCAGCUGAAAAUAAUUGGAGGCUUCAGCAGUCUAAGUUAGUGGGGAUCUCCCAAAAUUACAGUCUUUUGAGAUGGAUAGAGGAUUUCAUUAAUCCUAAUAGGAAAUGACAGUGUUGCAAUAAAAACAAAAUAGGUAAAUAAGGAAGUAAUAAAAACCAAUUGCUAAAAUCUCUAAAAACUGGUGAAUUGCAGCAAUUUGAGUAAACAAUCUAACUCUUCUUCUUGUAGGCACAACUUAACAUAAUACUUAUAUUUGUAGAUUCAGUGUGACUUACACUUCGAGAUAUCCUUAUCUAUGUCAUGAAUAAAGAUCCAUCAUAGGGAAAAACAUUCUCGUUAUUACUCCAGAACUUGCCUGAGAAUCAUCACGCUUAUACGUUUUCGUCAAUAUCAUAUUAAUCCAGUGAUAAUGUUCUGUACAUGCAUGGAUACACUGAUAAUUCACAGAACGAGGUCCCCCAUCUCUUACAUUAAUAUCACUUUAGGAAAUGAUCUGUUUGCUCAUGGUGUAGACAGGAGCAACAAGUACAGCCACCAAAAUUGGUCAACUGUACAUAUGGGCAUGUCAGUUUUUUGUUUUAAAACUUGAAAAAAAUGUGAACCUAUCCUUUAACCAUGACUCCCAUCUCUGCUCAGAUCAUAACGUGAAGGAUACGACCAUGUCAUUUGAAGCCCUUUGUUUUUUUUAAUUGAGCACUGAGAAAAUAUUUCAGCACUGGGAUCCCUUCUAGUCCAGAGCAUGAUGGGACAAUUCAGAUCCUUUAGGUCCCCUUUAUGAAAUGACCACUGUUGUACUUCACUUUGUCAUCCUCACAACACUCUCCCUAAACUCAUCAGGAAUGAUGUACACAUUGCCUGAGGGAGACAAAUGGACGUUGGAGGCAAGAAAUUAGAAUAUUUUAUGCACAACGAAUAUAUGCCUUUUUUUAUGAAUAGCCUUGUAAGCAUAAAGGAACUGUUGCGGAAACAGAUGAUGGGUGGUUCUCACAAGCGAAAGACUACAGGAGCCAUUUCUUUCUCUAGCCAUAUUGGCCUCGGUCCACUGACUGUAAAGAACACGCUGCGCUUCUUUAAAGUGAGAUUAUAUAACCCUCAUUUUUAAGACUGUGGAGCAUAUGUGCAAAUGUAUGGCAGGUGAUUCGACUUUUUUUCACAGUCUGUUAGGAAAAGUCUUUCAGCGUGUUUCUGCACAAGAAUCAACCCCGACAUGAACAUGUGAAUCCUGUACUUUGAAUGGUUUUAAGUAUGUUGCUAGAAUUGAAUCUAGCCCGUCAGAAGGCUGUAUGGGUGUUUACAUGAUCUACAGAGGGGGUGAAGUGUUUGGACUGAAGAAAUUAAACCACUAUCCGCACUGCAACAGAUAAUGUGACACACCACUAUGCUGGUGAGUAAGGAUGAAAUACCACUACCAAACUGUAGUUCCACCCAAAAUAAUUGUGAGGUGUAAUAAUAUGAAGGGUUUUGUAAUUGUUGAACCACUGACUGGCAUAUUUUUGCUCUAAAGGCUAUGCAUCACUUUUAUACGGCUGCUUGAGAUGCCUUUUUUUGUAAUUUUAAUCACUAUGAUUUUAAUUGCCAACAUGAAGUAUUUUACCCGAAAAGAAUAGGCUAUUUUUAUUUCUUCGAAUAUGUUAAGGGAUUUUCUUCUUCACCCGCCUUAUUGUUAAGAAUUACACAAAUACACAUAACUGCAAGUUUUACCUGAAACCAAAAUAUUUUUGCAUGCUGUGUUUCACCUUUUCUUUUCUUUUCACCAGUUCCUCGUGUUCCAAGUGCCUUUGAACAACCUGACUCUACAUCAAAUUUGUGGAACAGAUUACCUUAUUUAUUUCUCACCUUCUUUUGCCUUCAGCUUUUCUCCUCUACCUCAGCCCUCCCUUUCUCUCCCACUUGUGAAAGAAAGCAUGCAGUAAACUUUCCUCAGCACUAGCGUAUUACAAGCUACACUGCAGACAUUUCGGGAAAUGUCUACCAGCUGCUGCAAUCGUAAAAUCCUCUACAGUAAUCAGCAAAGCACCAAUCUGUCUUUAGAGUAAGCAGUUAAGGAUUUACAGAAGUUUUCAGUGAAGCACGGGAUAGAUAAAGCUAUGUGUGAUUGUAUGUGAAGCUAAACUGCAGGUCAUUUCAGUGCAUUUUCUUAUUUUUGUGUUUGUAGUGGGUGAAUGUUUGUCUCGAAUGUGUUUGUGUGCCUGGGUGGUGUUAAUGUUCUUCUGCGAUGCUGCAGGCGGUGUGUUUGCGUUGUCAGACUGUGUGUCCACGUGAGAGCGCUGACAAAUAAUCAACAUACAUCCACUCAAGGUUCAUAUAGUCAUUGCAAUCAUUACAGAGUGUGUAUAGUUCUUUCCUUUCCUCUACCUGGUCAAAAUGAUGUGUGAGUUGGUGUUGUGAAUGGCCUCUUCUCUCUUAGUAUCCCACAGCAACCUCCAGUUCUAGGGUGGAGUUGCAGUAGUACAGCAUCCUGAGUGUGUAACUGGGUUGCUUGCAUUAUAUUUGAAGCCUAUUAUUCUGAAUAAACCGCCAAACUGGAA